AUGACAUUGAAUACGGUCGCACUGAGUGCCGCCCUUACGCCUACCGUCGUCGCGACCUUGUUCUCUCAUUAUCUGCAUCGAAAAUCCCGUCGCACGAAACCAACCGUCCACAUCUCCUACGACGAGGCAAUCCAGAUCAUCCGUGGAUUCCUCACCUAUGCAGCCAAACAUCCUGUCGAGGAUCUCCAGGCCUUUACAAGUCAACGAGUUCCCGCCCCUCAUUGGGUAAAGACAACCAAGGUCCUCAUUCCAGAGAAGUACCUCUCCUCUGCUGCGACCGCUCUUAUCAACCAACUUGGUCCCGAAGGUAUAGCUCGCGUGGGGGGAGAGAAAUGGUGGCAAUGGCGUGGACCGGUGGCGCUCAGAGGAGAGUGGAUUGAGAUGAAGUCGGACUACCAUGAGCGGAAACGCAUGGACGAUCAUCCCAGCUGGAAGCGCAUCAUGUUGUAUAUCCACGGCGGUGCCUACUUUUUCGGCAGUGUGGAGACCCAUCGGUAUCAAUUGCAGCGGCAUGCUAGAAAGCUCAAGGGACGAGUAUUUGCACGCGAACACGAUCCGAAAGAGAUCAUCUUUGCGGGAGAUUCCGCAGGCGGUGGCAUGGUGCUCUCGAUGUUGGUCACUAUACGCGACCAAGGACUGCCUUUGCCCGCCGGAGCGAUCCUGAUCUCACCCUGGGUUGACCUUACACAUUCUUUCCCCAGUGUGGUAUCGGACUGUCCAGGUGACUACAUCCCACCGAAUGGCUUCCGACAUAAGCCCUCCGCAGCCUGGCCGCCUCCAAACGCGGAUGAAAUUCGCGCGAUGAAGAACGCAGAGAAGAAGUCUCCAGAUAGUGCCGCGGAGGACGCCAUUCCCAAAGAGGACGCCCGGGCUCAAGAGACAGCAGUGAAGGGAUACACAGUCGAGAAGCACGGGUUAGGUCGGACAGGACCCGCUCCGCCGGGCCAUCAACAUGCAGACGUUGACGAGACCGGAGUCGUCAAAAUUCCUAUUGGCAGUCAGACAGUUGAACUCAAAGACCAGAUUCAAAUGUACGCAACGAAUCAGCUCAUGUCUCACCCACUCGUCUCUCCAGUACUCCAACCGUCGCUUGGCGGUCUACCUCCACUUCAAAUCCUCGUCGGGGGAGGCGAACGGUUAAGAGAUGAGCAGUUUUACCUCGCUCACAAGGCCGCCAAUCCGACAGCGUAUCCACCCAGUGACGCGUAUCUUGACAAGCAUGAUCCGAAACGUGAAAUCUUACACAAAUAUCCUGGCACGUAUGUUCAGCUCCAGGUAUGGGACGAUCUCUGUCACGUUGCGCCAACCCUAAGUUUUACGCGUCCGGCCAAGUACAUGUUCCGAUCGAUUGCUCAAUUCGGUGCCUGGGCUCUUGCAUGUUCCCAGACUUCUGAGAUUUCCAUCCUCGAUGACAAUAAUGUCUCUCCCAUCUCCUCCAGUGAGACCGACGAUCUCGACGCCGCCGCCAACGGUGUCCACAAAGAUACCUCAAGACCGCCAGUUGCAUCCGUCGGCAGGGCCGGUGAUUCACUGCCCGCAUUUAAAGAUCGUAUGAUCCGCCAAAGAGUCGACAAAAGAGGCCGCAUAUAUCCACUCGAUCCCCCGUCCUCGUAUUCCGUCCUGCAACUUCCGGGGGAUAAAAUCGGCGCAGUGAACCCGCAGCUGGUCCAGAAAUGGAUGGCUGGAAAGGAGGAGUGGGAUAUCAAAUUUGCAAAGGCUAAGCUGCGAGUGCAGAAGCAACGGAUGAAAGAGUUGGCCCACGGAUUCCAGGACUUUGAAGGGGAGACUCCUCCUCCAAGUUCCUUGGCGGCAAGAAGAAUGGCUCCGGGUGUAUUGCCUCAGAAGGGCGGAAAGGGUCGGAAGAGCUACCCGAUGACGAUGUGGAGCCGCAUGGCGAGCAAGCAUGACAAGAAGACCAUUGCGAGACAACGUCAGAUGGAGGGUCGCUCUCGGCUAGCCAGCGUCGAAGCUGGACGAGCAUGGGCGUCCAUGGACAGACCGAGAUCUGGAGAUAAGUCGUUUCCGACUGAAAAGCCGGCCAAGGUUACACCGGGCCAGCCUCGUCUUGCAACUCAAGGACUUGCAGCGAUCAACGGAGGGAAAGCACCGGACGGUCUGCGAAAAGAUCAGGAACCAUCUAACGGUGCUGAACACGAUACCAACCGAUCUGACGUGUCUCGUCCGGCAUCGUCAAACACGGGAAAGUUCAGCAGUCCUAUGAUCGUCCUGCCCGAUUAUGAGAGCAAGCAGUUCAAUGUAGAUAAUGCCAGCACGACGACUUUGCUACACGCUACCGGAACGAUUCCCGCCCGAUCCGACAAGCCCCGGCCUGCCUCCCAGGCCGGCUCCGGGACGAUUCGCAGCGCCAUGACCGCCGAGCGAGAAGAUACCAGUACCAUCGAUGAUGCGAGGUCACUAGCUGUGACCACAGCGGGACUGGACAAUGCGAGUACCCGGGCCGUCCGUCAUUCCACUGGUGUAGUCGGCGUGGUCAGCGAUAAGAAGUCGACCAAUGGUUCUGUCGAGACGUUGUCAGCCCCUCGGCAGUCUGGGGAUUUGGAAUCCUUUUAUUCGAUCAAUGCGUCGGAGGGCGAUGGCCAGUCUGCUCGUACUCGUCCCGAUAUGCCUAAUCGGGAGGUGUUCAAGACCGCGGAUGAAUAUCAUGAUUGA